CACAGCAGAUCCCUGCAUCCCACCAGCUUAACGUUAACUAAGUCCACCGAGCUUAACGUUAGCUAAGUCUACCGUUGUAUUCCGUAUUUGUCGUUACUGUGUGGUGUUUCUACUUUCCCUCUUGCUGAACGCUGGCCAUUACCGCCAAAAACCGGUGAUGGUUCGCCAAACAACAUGAACGCGCUGUGGUCAUCACGCGCCUCGGGCGACGGCGCUGCAGCUGGCGAGCCGCCGGCCGCCGACCCCUCGACUGACGGAACGACGGCAGCUGCGACCGAAAACACCGAGCCUGGACCAGCUGCGCCCUCCUCGAUCCCUGCCAGUCACUCGCCGAAAGGGCCCGUCCUCCAGCGGAAUCAGCAGCCCUCGGCCCCUCUGCCCCCGGCCGUGCCCUCAGUCCCGGCACCCCCGAUUCCGCAGCCUCACGCCAGCGCCACCGACAUCGACCCGGAUACCACCGACGCCAACACCAACAACGACAAUCAUGUCAGCGCCCUGGGGGCCCCGGGGCCAGCGCAGGGGCAGCUACCGGCUCAACCCUUCCCCCGUACCCCAGUCCAACCCCAAGGCCAGCCUCGACCUCACUCCCCACCCCAGCAGCAGCAGCAACAACAACAACAACAACCCCAGGGCCAGGGCCAGGGCCAGGGCCAACCCCAACCGCAGGACUCCCUCUCGCUCGCCCAGCUCCGUCGCAUCGUCGCCGACUUCCCCCGCGCCGCCCCCGAGCCGACCGCCUACGACUACGUCUACACCGACACCUCCCCGCUCGACGAGGAGAUCGACGAGUGGUUCAUGUACAACUUCUGGCAGUGGGUGCGCCUGAACGCCGCCAACCGCGCCUUCCACUCCGCCUGGGGCCGCUUCGCCCCUCCGUCGUCCUCCGCCUCGACGGCGGCGGGGUCCGCCGGACAGACGGUGGUCAGUUGGGAGGAAGCCGGGGACGAGCAUAGGCGGGCGUUUGUGCGGCGGCUUCUGGACGGCGUCGGCAGCGCGGAUCGUAUCGCGCGCGCCGAGGCCGUUGGCGCGCUCGUCUACUUGGUUCUUGGCCGGUGGACGGAGACGGUGAAGGCCGCCGGCGCGCUGAGCGCCGCCGUACUGGCGGGAAAGGCGCGGUCUGCCGCUACGCCGGUGCAGCUGGCGGCGAUGAAAGAGGGCGUGCGGGUGGUGGCUGAGUGCGGGGGCAUUGAGGUCGUGUGGAAGGCGCUGAGGGGCGUUUUCGAGCUGUUCUGGGCCGAUGAACUCCCUCAGAACGUGCAGAUGGCAGCGGAGGAGCUGAUCCAUCUGAUGACCGUCGUGUACAUGGCCAUCCUGGAGGCCCUGGACGACCCCGAGGGCAUGGAUGAGGUCCGGCAACGGCUGGUCGGUCUCAACCCGAGCUUGGUUAGCUUCAUGCUUCGUGUCACCGCCAAGCUGCGGUGGGAUGAGACGGGUAUUCUUCCGCAAACCCAGAUAUUGCUCCUCUUUUGGAAGUCCAUCUUGCUGGUGUUCGGUGGCUCCAAAGAGAUCGCCGAGACCAAACAGGCGACCAGCGAGAUGGAGGGCUGCGAAGACAAGGAGACCAUCACGGCCUCCCCGCUCGACUACCAUAUCUUCCGCCAGGAGAUUACGUCCAAAUAUCCCGCUUACGUCCCGCCCCAGCCGCUUUUGCCCCUGGAUGCAGACCAGACUUCGAUCAUCCCGCCUCUUCCCAACCAUCCAUCAAGAAAUUCCGGUCAGAACGGAGGCCUAUCCGGGCCUUCUGGCCACGGAGGAGGCGCCUCUAUUCUCCACCAGCCCGUCCAUAUUGCCACUCCGGCCCCGUCACCGCCGCCUAGUCCCGGUGUAGGUGGCAAGGCCGGCAAGAAGCAGAACUACCAGACGAACCAGAACUUUCCGUUCAUGUACCCGCCUCUCGACGCCACAAGCAACAGCGCGGGCGGCAAGGGAGGCGCCGCGCUCCAGGAUCUGCUGGUGGGCAGGAAAUGGGAGGGCAGCGACGUCCCGGCUUCGAUUCUCGAGGCUGGCGAGCUCUUCUCCAAGCGAGUGCGCAUGACGCGUGCAACCCGCCAGCUGUGGAACGAACGGGAGGAGUUUCUCAAGUUUGAACGCGGCUACGCAGCCGACGAGGACAUCAUCGACGAGCUUGACCUAUCGUCGCUAACGCUGGAAGAAAAGGAGGAGCUGGGGCUGAACAAAGCAGCUGACGACCGGCCACCAAAGCCGCCCACGACAGGGGCCGACUACGGGCCUCGUGGCGUCGAUCAGCGGACCAAGGAACGGCUGGAUGCCGUGGAGGAGUUCUACAAAGAAGCACUUCCCCACCUCCAGUCCGUAGUCAUCGUGCUUCUAAAGCAGAUCAUGGCGAUAGCUAGCAACUUGGCCUCCCCCGCAACUGCAAACGGCCCACAAGGUCCUCCCAGUGCCCGCCCGAACGGUGGGCAGCAGGACGCGCCGAACGGCAUGAAUGGCGCUUCCAAGGGGGACCCUUCCUCCCCGCUAGACGCCGACGUGGACGAGCUGCGAAAUAGGGAAAUCGCCGCCAAGGCUGUUACGGGCAUCCUGAUACUGCUGCUGAAGUGGCUGAAGCUCUCUCACGUCCUCAAGUUCGAGUACUUGACUCAGCUCCUACUGGACUCUAACUAUCUCCCCAUGGCACUUAAGAUAUUCGCGAUGUAUGAUGUCCAGCAAGUCGUCGAGAGCCGGACGGACCGGCUCGAGCACAGCUUUUUCUACUUCUGCGGCUCUCGCGCAGGCGUAAUCCCUCCUCAAAACACCGUCCCGAACCCGACGGCGACCGAAUUUGAAGACGUCAGCGACGACGACGCCGCCCCGCCCCCCAUCAAACGGCGCCGCUCACCCCCGAACGCCCCUUCCGAACCCGAUGCUUCUUCUUCCACCACCUCCUCCCUCCCAGAUCAAUCCGUCCCAGCAGGCACCGAACAGCCGCAACAACAAUCACAACCACAGCCACCCCAACAACAACAACAACCCCCUCCCCGCCCCGAAGUCGACGAGCUAGGCUGCCCGCUCAACCCGCUCCCCGCCGAGCCCAUCACCGACUUCUCGCGCCGCAACUUCUUCUCGCUGAUCAACUACCUGCGCAUCAUGCAGAAGGUGUGCAAGCGCCGCGGCCACCGCAACAUGAUGAUGGUGCAGUACAAGUCGUCCAACAUCCUGCGCAAGGCGCUGCGCGUGCCGCAGCACGAGCUGCGCCUCUACACGCUCAAGCUGUACAAGAACCAGGUGCCCUACUGCGGCCGCAAGUGGCGCCAGUCCAACAUGCGCGUCAUCACCGCCGUCUACCUGCACUGCCGCCCCGAGCUGCGCGACGGCUGGCUCGCCGGCGUCGACCUCGACGCCGAGGUCGAGGAGUCCCUCCCUCAGGAGCAGGCCCUGCGCAGCCUGACCCACUGGUUCAACCUGCGCCGCUACCCGGAGCACGUGGUCGCUUCUGCCGCUGGCGAGGGCGCUGCCGGUGGUGGUGGUGGCGCGUCGAUGGCGCUGGUGAGGGAGGCCAUGAGGGAGGAGCACGACUUCUUCGCCAAGGAGCUGGAGAAGGCCAAUUUGAGCUGGCUGCUCGCGGAGCAGCAGAUGGCUGGGGAAGAGGGCGGUCCCGGUGGUCCUGGGGACGGGAGCAUGGCCGGGUGGGAGCAGGAAGGGUGGGGGUGAAGAGGAAGGAAUGGAUGCUUUUGUUGUUUUGAGUGGUUGCCAUGUGUAGCAUAGUUCAUGUGUCUUGUGAGUGUUUCGUGGCGUUUCUCGGCUGCAUACUCCUUCGGUGGCAAGUCGGCGUUUGCGCUGUCUUCAGAAACAUCUUCAAUGGCAAAUCUGACGGAUUUCUCGACGAGUUUCAUCGCAACAGCCAUCGGAGGGAACUGGUGGUUCCAUAAGGAAGGUAUGAUAUCUUAUAUAUACCUAUGGCCUCGU